GCCGCGGGACACUAGGCACCGGUACCGAUCCAUCCGCGGGACACUUGGCACCGGGCCGCGGGACACCGGUAUCGAUCCAUCCGCGGAACACUUGGCACCGGGCCACGGGACACUAGGCACCGGGCCGCGGGACACUUGGCACCGGUACCGAUCCAUCCGCGGGACACUUGGCACCGGGCCGCGGGACACUUGGCACCAGGCGAUCCGCGGAAAAUUUUUUGCACCGGGACGCACAGAAAGAAAAAAUAAUUUCCAUUUUAUUGUUUUAUUUUUAUUUUGAAAUUUAUUUUAUUUUGAAAAGUGACCGGAUAAAGUUGCACAUGAUUACACAGUGGAUUUACGUUCAUUAUUAUUAUUACUUAAGAGAAAAUACCCCCCCCGGUCCACGGUAAACGUGCCCCCCACCCCCACCGGUCUGCGGUAAACGUGUCUUGCGUUUUACCGGUCCGCGGUUGGGGACCACUGUUUUACAACACUUGCGCAUUCUUUUCUCGUUCAUUUCUGUGGGUCACGUGACUGACAGGUUUCCUAGCAGGAGCCAGGACCCAAAAUAUAGCGGACAUCGCCUGGGUUUUUGAUGUGAAUUUAUUAUUAUUGGCUUUAUAAACACUUUGUUUUAUAUCACUCAACAAAAUAGUAUCAACGGAACAUUUUUAUGUUGCUAUGGUGGUAGCUACGGACGCUACCGGCGAACCGGAAGGAAGCCACGGUUUUCUUUUUUUAUUGAAAAAGACAAUUGAGGUUAACGUUUGAGACAAUUUACUGACUUUUGAUUCGUUUUAAUUGCUUUUACUGCGAGAAAUGGACACUAAAUUUAUUAGUUUUAUAGUAAUGAGUUCUACUAAAUGUUUUUAUAGAAAAUACCAAGACCAGUCAAAACCGGUGUCCUUUACACCGGCGUCCUAGCUACAUUUUUUUUCUUCAUACGAUUUUUUUCUUUGUCAUAUUUACAGAUCCAUCUCUAGGAAAAAGAAAUUAAACUUUAGUGUAGCCACAUGUCUUUUGAGUAAUUUAAACAAAAAAUAUUUACACAAAGCAGGCUUGUUUCGUCAGUCCACGGGUUGGGCAACUAAAUGGUGACACCCACUACCUAUUUAAACCCCCUGGAGUUUUACAUGCUUUGUGGAUCGCGAUGGAGCCGGUAGGGGACAAAGUCGAUGACGCUUUAUUUCUCGCAGACGCGCUUAUAGAAGAAUUCAAGCGUAAACAGCCUGCAGCUGUACAACCGUCGGGAACAGGCCCAGUGACCUUUGUUAGGCACGAGGAGGACGAGUAUGGAAAUCCUUUGCCUAAACGUCGUAGAACAGGAGAGCGGCGGAAACCUGUUUCAUCCAAAAGAACUCCAACAAUGGCUCAAAGUCCAACUGUAGACCAAUUGUGCAUGCCAUCUACUAGUGGACAGCAGAGUGUGACAGAACCUUCUCACGAUAUAGGGUCCCUCAUCAAAGAGGUUCAAGACCUUCUGGGCCCCGCUGAAGACCCAACUCCAUCACACUGGACGGCUAGGAAAGCUUCGUCCUUGGAAAAGUGGACAGUGUUGAGACCUUUUAUGGUCGAUCAGAUGUUGCAAUCUGGGAAGCCAAAAGGGGGACAAUGCCAUCACUGUCGCUCUCAGGUUGCAGUAAUAGUGUGUCACGACUGUUUGCCAAGACCACUUUAUUGUGCGUCAUGUGAUUUGGCUGUACAUGACAACAGAGUACUUCACAACCGAUCAGCGACGGUGGAGGGAUUUUAUAGGCCACUCCCACCAACCACUUUCAUCAAGGAAGAGGGAGGAAAACUUACUUUCCACGAAAGAGCAUGCCUUUUGCCUGUCGUCCUUCCCUGCUGUGACUGCUCUACUGGUCAAACAGAAGUUUCUGCAGGAAAACAAGUGAUUCUGAUUGGAAUGAAUGGACGAUACAACCUAUCCCUGCCAAAUGUUACCUGUUCCUGUGGAAAAACCUGGGAUGUUGGCAUUGGUGAUUUGGUUGAAAGUGGAUAUUGGCCAGCCACAGUACAUUUUGAGACUUUAUAUACAGUGGAUUUGUUCACAUCAUAUGAAGAUCUUAAAAUUACUGCACCAGGAAUGUCAAGGCAUGCUUUUGUCGGAAUGCUUGAACAGCGCACUAAAGUCUUUGGUCGAAGUGGAAAAAUAUGUGGCGACACCAUGCAGAAAUCUUUUCUGGAGUGGUCCUAUGCCAAAUUUGAAGUUGAGAGGCUGUCACUGGUGCAUCACUUUAAGUGCCCAGCAUGCACCCCCUCCAUGUUGGCUGUUGCAGUGGAUGGGAACCGCAAACUUUACCGCUUCAGAUGCCAACCAGGACCUGAUGGAUUUUUUGACGGUGUUUUUUUGGCGAAAGAUACAGAGGUGGCCUCUUUUGUGGACUAUAUCCAUGGUGCAACACGACAUAAUCCUGGAAAGGGAAGAUGUGGAGGAGGCGAGUGGUUAGCAGCACGAGAGUCCUCUCACAAAUCUGCCAGCAAAGUGGAUGAGGAAGGUGUUGAGGUUGCUGUGUGCCGUCAUGGGGUCUUGUUGAAAGGACUCAAUAUGUUCCGUGGAGAAAUUUUUGCAUAUCCUCUCUUUCUCCAAAAAGAACUUGCUGCUCAGAAUGUAGGGUUUUUCUGCUCCGAUGUGGUGUGCAAAUAUUGGCCAUAUCUGCAGAAGGUUGUGCGCCACUGUCCUGAACUACAGGGGUUGUUGACAAUGCAUCCUUUCCUCUCAAUCAUGCAUGCUAAAGCACAUUCCUGGAUGUGUGAGUUGCAGUGGGGAGGUCGAAACCAAGAGGGAGCAGGAAUAACAAUGGGGGAGGAGGUUGAGCAAGUGAACAGCUUCCUGUCUCGGGCAGCCAUAUGUUCUAAAUACAUGUCCAAAGCUGUACGCACAGAUAUCCUUACGAUACAGGCUAUUGGAUGGAACAAGCGGAAGGUGGAAAAGCUUGACCAGAUUCUAGCAAAAAGAUACAUCAAGACCGCACAAAGGAUUUCUGAAGCAUUGGCAGAUCUUGAUCAACUAACUAAAGAGCUGUCGAUACAAGAAGACACUGUCCAGCAAUGGGUGUCUGAUGUAAAAAAUUGGGCUGCAGAUUCAACUGGUCAUAAUGACCUUGAAAAAACCAUUGAAGGACUGUAUCUGAGCAUCAAACAGAGGAAAUAUGAAUUGUAUCGCAAGGCUGAUGGCAACAAACGGCGUCAUCUAUUACGAAAGAAGAUUGCUACAGAAAAGAGAGCCUUAGACGAUGCCAUCACAAAACGAAACACUGAUUUGUCUGAAACAGAGAAAUUACCUUCUUCUGAUGUGCUUUUGGCUCAUGAGAACUAUUUCUGGCCUUGGGAAUGUCAUGGUGACAUGGUUAAGAAAAAGCAGCUUUUUGACAAGGUAAUGCUGCUGACCAGGUUGAAAGAAGAGAAGGUCAUUGUGGUUCGGGAAGUUAAGCAGCACUGGGAGUACCUAAGGAAUGCGGUUGGGAUGCUUGAAGAGCUUUCUUCUCAGAUUUCUGAAGGGAUCACUGAGCAAAGCAACACUGACGCCUUGACAGAGCAAGGACGAGAGGGGCUACUGUGUUUACUGAAAAGAAGGUCGACAGAACUCCGUGCUCGACAGGAUGCUGCACGCAAAAUAUACCAGAAUGUUUUGGGAUUGCAAGCAUUGUGUUUAGAUGACUCUUCCACAGAUGAGGAAAACUUAGACAGUAGUUCCUCGGAUGAAGAUAUUUGACACCGCCAUGCCCACCCCACCCCCAAAUGUCUCCAGAAGAACAUAAGUAAACUGUGAUAAUUGACCAAUAAAUUCUCUUGAAUGAAA